GGGGAGUGGGAGCUGGCAGAUAUCAAUAUUGCCGAUUCCAGCCUGCAUUUAGACGAUGGAAGCUACUCUGAGAUCACAUACUAUAUCGUGCUAAGACGGAGACCAAUCGUCUAUGUGGUCAACCUCCUGGUCCCCAGCUGUUUCCUAAUCACAAUGGACCUCUUCAGUUUUGUGCUGCCCCCACAGAGCGUGGACAGAUCCUCCUUCAAGAUGACACUCAUCCUGGGCUACACCGUCUUCCUGCUCAUAAUGAAUGACCUGCUGCCUGUUACCGGGGAGAAAACACCGCUCAUCAAUGUUUUCUUCUCCAUUAGUCUGGCGCUGAUGGUUGCCAGCCUGUUGGAGACGCUGUUCAUCACAAACAUUCAGUACAAGCCCAGAGAGUACAGCGCAGUGCCUCACUGGCUCAGUGUCCUCGUGUUACGUUAUCUAGCUGUUCUUGUUUGUAUCCCUCCAAAGGAAAGGAGCAACCGAGUCACAGUCUCCCUCAAUCCAUCUCACAAAGCGCCAUCAGCGAACACAAGCACCACAAGCCUCUCAGACCAUCAGAGCAUCUCAGAUGUUACACUUUCAGGAAAAGCAGCUCCAGCUUCUCUGGACUCUCCAGAGCCAGUUGUGGAACAACUGAGGAUGUUAGGCAGAGAGCUCACAGCUAUCCGAGUUCAGAUGGACAAAUACUGUCAAGGGACCAAAGCCACGCAGGAGUGGGAAAUGAUCGGGACAGUGAUCGAUCGUCUGCUGUUUGGCUUGUACAUCAUCUUCAUUUUUGUGAGCUUUAUCACAAUAAUAAGCAUCUGGAUAUGGCAUAAUUCAUUUGCUACAUGAUUAGAUCAAAAACUGCAUCACAUGGAGUAGUGCCAUGGCAAUCUUCACUUCACGCAUGUACUUGACCCCGUGCUGAUUCCUUAUUUUUUUGCAUAUUUGUCACACGUACGUGUUUCAGAUCAAAGGAAUUGAUGACCUGAAACAUUUUAGUGUGACAAAUACACAAACCAAGAGCAAAGAGGGCAUGAGAUGGAUUUGCUGAGAUCAGGAAUAACAGCAUCAUUUAGUAUAAUGAAAAUAGCCCUGCUUCUGUUGUCUGCAUUUCAUUCCUGUAAUCAAACAGCAUCGGUUAAUGAGCAUUUGUCUGUCAGGUAGUUGGCCUUGGCAAACUCUGCAUUUUACAGUCACAAACAUGACUGUGGUUUACUGUAUCCUAACACUAUUUACUGGAGCUUUUUCUUUUUAACAUAUCAGUAGCCAGAGAAAAAUAUGAAAGAGGGACACAUUCAUAAACUCACAGGCCUGGGCUUACAUCCAGUAACCACCAUUUUCCUUGCAAACCAGAACCAUGAACACAUUUAGACUCUAAUGCCAUUAAUAGAAGUUGUACUUGUCUUUAAGAUUCAUUAGCAAUUAAAAACUAUUACGACUAUUA